GGGUUGCAAUACAAGUAUGUCAGAAGUAUCGCCUCUACGUAAACCACAAAUUAUUUUUGAUGAUUUGACGUCGAAUAUGCGAUUCCUCAAUAACGGAUCGACGGAAAGAAGAAGUUUUAACAUCGCUGGUAAAGUGGCGCUGAUAACUGGCGGAGUUUCGGGCCUCGGCCUCAGUUUCGCCAAGGAUUUACUAAAACACCAACUGAGGGGUCUGGCGCUUGCCGAUAUAAACUACAACUUAGGACAAUCCAUUUGUCACGAAUUAAAUGAAGAAUAUGGGGAAGGCAAAGUAAUUUUUAUCAACAUGGAUGUUGUUGACAUGAAUCAGUUUAAAGAUGCUUUUGAAGAGACUGUAGCAGUUUUUGGAAAUGUGGAUAUACUGAUUAAUAAUGCCGGGAUUUUAGAUGAUCGCUUGUGGACUAAAGAAAUAGCCAUAAAUAUAACUGGUACAAUAAACGGCAUAAUUCUUGGCCUGGAGACCUACCUCCAAAAGCACAGGACAGGCUCUGAAGCUGUCAUAGCAAACAUUUGCUCCAUUUCCGGUAUAGGGGGCAAGAUGGCGUUUCCGUGUCCCCUGUACACCUGUAGCAAGUUCGCAGUUCACGGACUGACCAUCACUUUCGGAUGUCCAGAGCACUUUCAAAGAACCGGAGUUAGAGUGGUAGCUGUAUGUCCGGGAGUUACAGAAACUCCACUGGUGCAUAAUUUUGUAAACAGGACUCUGGGAGAUCCUUACGAGAAAUUGUGUAAAGUGUAUUUUGAAAGCCAUUCCUUGCAAAGAGCUGAAAGUUGUGCCAGAGCCAUGACAAAAGUAAUCCAGAGCGCACCUCCAGGAACUCUGUGGGUAUCGGAAGGAGAUGAAGAACCUUACCAGUAUAUUCUACCGGACAGAUUUAAAAUUCCCAAAGUAUACAUGGAGUAAAAAAAUAAAAAAUUAUUUUUAUUCAAGAAAUAAGAAAAAUGCUUAUUUAAGAUAUCCAGAUAGAAAAAUAUUUUAUUUUUUUGCUUCCUGCCUGCGUCUCUUUAA